CGGCGGGCUGGGUUAUUUUCUUCCACCUUCCUCUCAUCUCUGGAAGCUCCAUCAGUACUGGGAUUGGCAGCAAUUAUUCCAAUCUCCAUGAACUGAUCCUUCUGCUGAGUAAAACAGAGCCACACUGUGGUGGUGAUAGACUGCCUCUUGCACUGGCUGUGCUGUCACUAGAAGGGGGACUGUGGCAGAGUCCACAUGUCCUUGGAACUCUGCUCAACAAUUUUCUGGAACCACAGCAGCGCAAGCAGCGCCUUCCCCAGCGCCGGAGAGCACGGCAGUGACACCAACCUGCUGGUGUCCCCGCUGCUGGUGGCAGGGGUGGUCAUCGGGCUGGUGCUCUUCCUGUCCUGUACCACCAUCGUGGUGGGCAGCCUGCGCAAGGACAGCAGGCUGGGCCAGCCCCGCCUGCCCAGGGAGGCUGCGGACGCUCCAGAUGGUUUCUCUCACGGUGGCUCCUCUGCAGAGCUGAGAUCCACCUGCACCGAGGAGUUCCCCCCAGCCUGUGAUUUUGACUCCUAUCUGGAUAUACUUUCUCAGGUGAACAUCAUGUAUCCUGAUCCACCUCCAUGCUACGAUGAAUGUGUGGGGCCAGGAGCAACACAAAUAUAUAUCCCUGCAGAUGAUCCCCCGCCAUAUUCCCUUACGGACCCUUGCCAAAGAAAUGAAAUACCUUUAAAUAUCUGUAUCAGCCAGGAAGAGGAAGCAGCAGGGACUGCAGGAAGGGCUGCACAUUGUGCAGUGAGGCUGCAGGACUGGCAGCAGCCCAGCUCAGGCAUCUCGGUGAUCUCCCAGUGCGGAGGAUGCUCCCCUGUACGGGACAGCGGCGUGUGAGCACAGCCUGCUCCAACAGAAACGUGGAACAUUCUCUGCCCAUCAGACCCCAAAUCCUGUCCAUGAAAGUGGCUCUUUCCUUCAAUUCUUCUGAAGAACUCAGACCAAUGGAGAAUAAAACCUCUGGAAGUUUUACCAAUUUUAUAUCUUAAAACAGGGAUACAAUGGGAUUUUUUUACAGUCAAUUUUGCAAGUUUACCUAAAUUUCCCUGUUCAUGCUUCCAAGUGUUCUAUGGCAUCACGUAGCAUAAAAGAGCACCAGAGACAAGCAGUGCAUCUGACCUUUCUGAAGCAUUGCAAAACCCAUUGAAAUCAGCCACUCAUCAUGAAGAUAAAUGUUAUCCAGUCAAGCCUACUUGUUGAUUUUAUGAUACUUUGCAUGUUUUAGAACAGAAGGAAAAAGAAGAGCAUUUUGUUGUCAUUGUAGGUGUCACUAGUACAUCUCAUUCACUGUAUUGACAACAAAGCAUUUUUAAGUAACUCUUUGUCUAACUAUGUGUUUCAGUAGGCAAAGCACUGCCUAAAAAAAAAGAUUAUUAUCAGUACCAUGUAGAAGCAAAAGAAAAAAGGAAUAAUAAUAUUUUAAUAUCCACAUUAUUCCUUUGGCACCAGGCUUUCCAGGCCAUUGCAAAGCCUGCUGUAAGUCCUCCUCGGAACAACAAUGCACAGGUGGUGGAGAGGUGGCAGUGGGUCCCAGAGUGCAGCACAGCUCUGCAGGCUGGAGCUGCAUGUCCUUCAAGGGCCAAGGGAAGGGCACAGGAAUCCUGGAGGAUGCUUCAGGCCAAUUCCCACACACGGCUGCAUUUCCAGGCACAAACCAGUUUCUUUUUCCAUAGGGAGCCUGGGUGUUACCGUGUGAGCACAGUGACCUCUAGGAACUGAGAGACGCUGGGCUGGGCACAGGAACAGAACCUCAGGAGCCUCAGAGCAUUCCCAGCUUUGAGAGAAUAGACCAGGGAAAGGAACCCAACGAGUGAGCCCAGGACACUCAGGAGGGAUGGGAGGCCGUGGGUGCUGGGCUGGGGGUUCAGCUCAGGCACAGCAGCACCGUGUCCCCAGGGACGGCUGGGACUGCACUCACUGCUCCCACAGAGCCUUCCCUGCACCAGCCCGGCCAGGGGAGACUGAGUGUGGCACCAAGGAUCCCAGAUCCCUGCUCCUUGGCUCUGGAGCAGGCAGGGCAGCGGGGACCCAGACCCUCAUGGGCACCCCUUGCUCCUUUUCCCCUCCUGGGAGCCACUGGCCAAGCCCCGGGCUGGGCACAGCUGCCAGGCUGGGUACAUGUUUUACAGCUAACACAUCCCUGAGCUUCUGUCUGUGCACCCUGAGCUGGGCAAGAUCCACGGGUGGGGCAGGAGAUCUGCUUUCCCCACGUCCUUUUUAUGGCCCAGCAAAAAAAAGUUGCAAGAUUCAGACAAGAGGCCAGCCCUGAAAUCCAACAGUAGGCGGCCAAGGAGAUUUCCAUGUAUUGCCUUAAAAAAAACAAAGUUUGGAUCCUGUUAUUCACUUCUGCCUGGAAUGUCCCAUUCCUCAUCUGACACAAACCCAUUCCUUAUCUGAAAGCUUCUGUGUGUCUGGCACAACAGACCAAGGAGAGCUCAACCCUGAGCUUUCCUUGGGACUUUCCCUUGGAAAACCUCUUUGCUGUGUUCUUUUCAAAUGUGCUGCUGCAGGAAAGUUGAACUCUUAGUUUGCACUCUACAUUUUUAAGUAAUUUUGAAGUUUUGGGUCUAAUGGAAAACCCCAGAGUGACUGUGGGUGCUAGCAGGAAGCAGAACUGACUGCCAGCACAUUGACAGCAGGGAUGGAGCUCCAGACAGCCCUUAAGCCCUUGGGGCAUUCACAAGCCUGGGUUCCCUCUGGGACCAGGGCCAGGAGCUGUGGCAGGGGACAGAGUUAUCACAGGCUCAUCUCUAGGAAAUUUCUUAGAGGCAUUUUCUCAAAAUACCAAAAAAAAAAAAAAGUUUUUACACUGAGAAAAUGGGCUUCAUUUUCUAUUCCCAUUAAAGGAUAUGUAAAGCUGAGUAUAGUAAAUACAUAAUGGUGUUUGAAAGGAAGCAGUAUCCAAAUUACUAAAAUUGCACUUGGAUUUUCUGUAAAUACUGAAUAAUUUUUAACUGCAAUCAUCAUUCAACACUCCAAAGAUUGACACAAUUAUAAUUAAUACUUAGAUGGGAAGUAAUUAUAUGGUUCUUACUGCUAUAUAAAUUAUACCAUUACUGAGUCAUAGGCACAUGAUGAGAUAUAAGGUAAGCAUGCAUUUUUUGCUAAGUAGAUUACAUUAAAUAAGUAUUUUGCUAAAAUGAGACAAUUCUUUUGCAGUUCAGCAAGAUUUUCAAUAUUCUCAGAAUACUAUACCCAAAAGAACAAAAAUUCACCAUUUUGCAUUGCAGAACUGCUGGCAGGCAUUGCUAGAAGGUAGGCUCUGUUUCACAUUUGUGUUUUUAACAGAGAGAACUGCUCCUCUCCAUAAAGUAUUUGUUUAAGCAGUUCCGUGGUAUGCAAAGUACCCUGCAAUGAGAAAAACAAAACUCUACCCCACCUCCAAGGGACCAGAGAUGCACAGAAUGGCCCAGUCAGAUUCACUGGCAGGACAAUCAGAAGAGAGGGGAAGCACAUGGUGGUUUGUGCAGAAUGGGAUUUGCUUUCACAGCUGUAAAAGCUCCUGCAGAGCUGUCUGGAACAGGGCAAGGCUCUGGGACCUGCUUCCUUAAGGCUGCUGCUGGGGAGGGCCAGGGAGACUCUAAUGAACCCAGAUUAGAAGCAAAAUGUGAGGUUUUUCCCCUGAAAGUGAGGCUCUUCCAAGUAUCAUGAGCAAGCUGAAGGCUCUGCUGCACACAGGCACAGAGGGCUUUUCACACGGGGCACACGAGUCCCCUCAGUUUCUCUGCACGGUGGGAAACCCUUUGGUUUAGCUUUUAACCUUUCAGACAGGGAUUUCCCAACCAACUCUGUAUCUGUGGUUUACAAAACAAUCUGACUUUAAGCAGACUUCUGACGAGAGUGGGAGAUUUACAUAUUACCUGGUGUUAGCAAUGCAUUGGUAAAAUUGUAGAAAACUAAUUCAAGUCUUUCUUUCUUUCUUCCUUCAUUCUGGGUUUGGUAGCAGUUCUUACACAUCUGCCUGCUCCUGCUCCCUCUUGUGGCAUGGACCACUCCAUAAAAUCCUGUCAUCCUGUUAUCACAGAAUAAACCAAAUAAUCCCAGCUGCUCUGUCACAUGGAUAUGGGAGCCAACCAAAACAACCACAUCCACACUGUAGCAUUUUUCUAAGUUACCACUGAAUACCUGGGUUAUGUGAUUCAUUACAAACAUAUAAAAUUAAAAAACAAACUGAAUUGAAGGCAGUGUGCUGCCUUCUGUGAUACCUUACCACCAUCACUUGCAGGAGUGGUUUAGCAUUUUCUGCUCUUGUUGAUCUUUUUAACUGAGUGAUAUCCAACAAAGUUUGUGGGGGAUGGGGGGGAGCUUAUAAAUCCUGACAGCACUAGAAAGAAAAAAAAUUAGCUUUAAAACACUACAGAAAGAAGUUUGGAGCUCUGAAGUUGCUUCAACAGCUUCCAAUGCUACUACUGCAAGUGCUGAAAUUCCUUGUAAUGAUGCAAUAAGAACAUGCUUUCAUUUCUUGAAAAUAUUGCAGAUCUUGAAUAAAUCUCAGCAAAGUUGGCAGAGUGAUGUUGCUCUUGAGAAAUUAAUCUCCUGCUAUCAGAUAUUAUCCUAUACCCUUGCAUAAUUCUAAUACCAGUGUUAAAACCCAGGCUUAACACAGGCCUUUGCUUUAUUACAUGAGUAAAAUCAGAAAGAAAACUGGAAAUGCUAUUUCUUGCUACAUGAUAACAACCAUGUAUUUCUGUAGUCGUCUCUUCUGCUUCAAUUUUUAGUAUACUGAUCUUAUGCAGAACUUUUAGUAAAGAACACACGUGUAUUUGGGUUUGC